AAGCGCACAGCUCGGGGCUGCAGUCUGUUUGAGGUCGGGAUGGUGAUAGGAGUCCCUGGAUUUGACAGCGCGCACUGCGAGAGGAGCAGCUUUACGCACGAGCAACAUUUGGCCGCACCCGCGCCAGAGAAGGAGCCCGGGUCUCAUGGUGGGUGCUUCCUCCGCCGGUGAAGCACUGGCCGAUUGAAUGUCACCUCCGCCGCUCUCCAUGGAUUACGGAAAGGCCAUGGCCCCUCCGGUGCCCCCGCACAACCCGCACAACCCGCACAACCCGCAGCCCGCCCGGCCGGGGCAGCCGCAGGAGCGGUUGCUGAAGUGCGUCCUGCUCGGCGAUGGAGCGGUGGGCAAAACCAGCCUGGUGGUCAGCUACACGACGAACGGAUACCCGACCAAAUAUGUCCCCACUGCGUUUGAUGACUUCUCGGCUGUGGUUCAGGUGGAUGGAAACCCGGUGAGACUACAGCUGUGUGACACUGCAGGACAGGACGAGUUUGAUAAACUCCGGCACUUCUGCUACAGUCGGACAGACGCCUUGCUGCUGUGCUUCAGUGUGGUCAGCCCUGCCUCCUUUCAGAACGUCUGGGAGAAGUGGGUGCCCGAGAUCCGACGCCGCUGCCCUCUCACGCCCGUCAUCCUCGUGGGCACACAGUGCGACCUGCGGCAGGACGUCAAGGUGCUGAUCGAGCUGGCGAGGCGGAGGGAGCUGCCGGUGCAGGAGGAAGAUGCCAGAGCGCUGGCGGAAAAAGCAGGGGCUGUGACGUACAUUGAGUGUUCAGCACUGACGCAAAAGAAUCUGAAGGAGGUGUUCGACGUGGCCAUCGCCGUGGGGCUGCGGCACUCUGACAGGAGAGCCCGACGGGAGAGGAAGGUCCGCAGCACAGCGGAUAAGAUGAAGAUGCUCUCCAAGUCCUGGUGGAAAAAGUACGUGUGCGUCCAGUAGUGACGGAGGAGAUUCAUUUUCCUGUGACCGAUACAAAACUGGAACUGCUGACUUGUCUGAAGGGGCUAACAUGGAUGUACGAACUUCUAUUUUUACAUACAACUGGACGACCCCAGAUGUGCCGGCCAGAGCAGCUUUAAUUCAGUGGAACAACAGAUCAACAGAGGCGGCUGCAGAGUGGUUUCAGGUCUGGCAUGGCUUCUCCCUGACCAUUAAAAUCCAGUAGAUGCCCGAAAGACAGAGACCAUGAGGCUGUAACCACUGUCUGCUGCUCAGAGCCAGACUCAACUGUUAAAUAUGACUGUGACCAGCGCUCAACCAAAAAUUAUGGAGCUAAUAAACAUUUACGGCACAAGGACUGCAAAUCAUACUGAUCUGGUCCAAAGGAAAUGUGAGCUGGACUUGGAGGGGAGGUGUUCAGGCGGCGAUGUUAUGUACUAAAAGUAUACUCCUCCUUUUUAUUCCGAUUUGAUGCCUUACUUUAAAAAAAAAAAGUAUAUUACUUUAUGUUCUACACUGUAAUCCA